AUGUACGCGUAUCACCCAGUAGAGGCUAUAAGCUUGGGCAAACUUCCAGAAAACGAUAGACAAGAAGUUUUGCUCGACGUGCGCGCUGCACUUGAAAGUAUUGGAGUCACAACAGCCAAAGAAUUUUUGAUCUAUACCUUCGUCACUACGCGGCAUGAUUCUGAGAAAUUCGAAAGGGGCUAUUACGAGAUGUAUACCAGCGAAAACGAUCAACAAUACAAGAAAUACAUGAAUGUGGCAACCGGGCCGGGGAUAACCACCAUUGACUCGGCUAAUUUAUGGUUUCCAAUGGGCGAUGGAAAAUUUAAGAUCACACUGAUUCAUGCCUCAAGCAAAAAGACAAGCAUCAAGAACCCUCAUGCAGCUGAGCAGUGGAGCGACGUUUUCCUUACCGGUUACAGGAAUUGA